CUUCAUCUUCAAUGUUCAUAACCACGAUCAAAUGCAAGCGCCAACGGUACACAUCUAAUCUCCUCGAAUCCCUCGCCCACAUAUCCAACAUUAGUUUGAACCUAUUAUAUAGCUCGGUGAAUAGUUAAAAUGGCCUCCAGCUCGCCCUUCUCGUUGCGCCCUUGGCCUAUAGGCGACAAGAAACCGAAGAACCUCGGCGAGUUCAUCUCACGUAUCAAUGCCCAAAGCGGUGGCUUCCGCAACGUUACGGAGGCUAAGCUACGCGAGGAGAUUACAGCUCAGGAAGAUGGUCGCGUUGAAGCCGAGGGGUCUUCAGAUGAGGAGGAAGAUGAAGAUGUUGAGUUGAAAAGUGUCACUGCAGCGCGAGAGGAAUUCUUAAAGAACAUCGAAGUCGCGCACCAAUCUGCCAUGUUGAGUCUCGACUUCGUAUCCCUCCUUCUUACGAAACAAGACCCGAGAGCUUUGAGUACGUUGUCGCCAGAGCUGCGCGAACUGGUCGGCAUUGGUACUCUAGGAGCUUCCAAGUUAAACGAAUCCAAUAUCACCGAAGCGCGAAGGCAAGACGAUCUCGCCGUCGCAACGGGGUGGAGGCUCAUGGGGGUCAAUAAUAUGGUGGACUCGGUUGUAGCAGCUGCGGAGAAACUAGAGAAAGAGAUGCAGCUGGAGACCAAGUAUUGGGCCGAUGUCUUGACUGUUAGCGAGGGCGGCUGGGCUGUUUGUGCCGCACCUCAGGAGCCACAUACAUUGGGUGUCCGAUUUGGUUUCGCUGAAUCCGCGCCCGAGUUUAGAAACAGCAGCAUCGCCCCCUUCAGACGCAAUGAUGAUGGUACCGUCCGUCUGGGAUUGGGUCGCGUUGGUGGUGGUUCUCAAAGAGUCCGUCUCACCCUCAAGAAGAAUGGUAUAAUCGUGGAUCAAUCACCUUUGCCUGGACGGAUAUCCGACGACGCGCCUUUACAGGAUCGAGUACGUGAAGCCAGAAAUACGGCUUUUCACCAGGAGCUUUGGUACGAGAUCAAUCGGGAAGCUCGAACCUUACUCUCCUCAGAUGUUUACUCGGAUUCUUCAAGUAUCACUUGGAAGCAGGAUCCGGAAACAGAUCUUAUAUUUACCCUCGAAGAUCUUGGCGAACCGGAUAACGCAAAUGAAAGGAUGACAAACAUGCAGUGCUCAUGCACGGCAUACUACAUCUACAUACAGUUCCUCUUAUUCCAAGGGCAUCGGCAGAACUAUCACCGGCGCACCACUAUGGCGCAACUCCCACCCAAUCGCAUGCAACCACCCUAUGCUAUCCUGCGUGCAGUGAUCGCAAAUACCGAGUACUUCAGAGACUGCAAGGCUAUGACAGAUUUCUUGGACGAUUUGGUAUUUACAUUAAAGCGGGCCGGUAUCUCUACCGCUGCCUGCAAGUCGGCCACCCAACCGCUCGCCCCUAUAGUCCUCCAAGGCAACCUAACCCGUCGCAACGCUAAGACUGAGCUUAACUUUAUUAACUAUCUCGCCGGCCGUCUCGAGUCUGCUUUUGAGCUGGCCAUUACACCGGAAGUCAGAAUAUUUGGGCGGGCCCGUAUUAUGGUCGUCCCUUACAUCCAGAUGCACUUCAAUAUCUCCCUAAUGCCGUUUUCUCCCCAUAUUGGCACCACUGAGAGUAAUAAGGACGCCACAUCUACGAAUCAGGGAGCAAAAAAUAUACUGGAAAAUCUGUACCCACCCGCCGAUCUUAACCGCGAAGCGUAUCCGAACGCAAAGGACGCCAUCUAUUAUAUUCAGCAAGCUACCAUACGCGCCCUGACACAUAUCCUUGCAGUAACUGCGGAACAGAAGCUGGGAAGGGAUGAUAUAUAUUGGACCGAGACAGUGCAUGGUCCCGGCGUAGUUGACCGAGAUGCUAGCGAGGCAAGGGUUAAUAUCGAGGAUAGCGAUGGACGUCUUAUCCUGAGCCUCGACGGGCAAUGGAAGGAAGGCAAUCGAACGGCUAGGCGCGUGUGGACAUGGAGGGCAGACCGCGGCGAUGAGAGAGGAGACAGCAUUACCGAUGCCGUGGUCCGAGUUAUGCAGAGUUAUUCGCAACAACAGGGCGACGAAGCGGCUGAAUAGACACCAGACGACAUCCCUGCUAGCGAGUAUUCUUCCCUAGUCGGCUCUCCUAUGGCAAUCGACUACCCCAACGCGGAAUAGUGUCAUACAGUGGACUAAACUUGGCUCUGCUAUCAAAAAGAAUUUCCUUUUUGAAGAGGCCUCUACUACCGAAGAGGGCUCUCCGAAAACUGAGUGAGGCAGCAGGUUUUGCAUCUGGCAUCUGGUAUAUAUAUAUAUAUAUAAAUCCGAAGUACGGAAUUAGCUACAAGCCGUAGUAGUUACAAGGCUCGAUAAUGCAAAGUUAAUGACUGCAAA